UUUGGUUUUUGCUCUGCAAUGUGCGUGUAGUCUCCUACAGUUCUUUACCCUUUCUUUUAGUUUUAGUUAUUUCGUCUCCGCUCUGCACGUGUGCGGUCGAAAGUGUGCACUGAUCCUUUCAAUGAUCACGCCCGGUGAAUAAUCAAAAUUCUUUGAAUUAUUUUGCCUUUUUUUGAUCGUAGUCUUAUGAGUCAGUGAAUUACUUUACUUGAACAGCUAUCAGCACAUACGGACUGAAGAAUACAAUAUCAUUAUCAUGGAAAAACGAGCGAUCGGAAUUGAUUUGGGAACCACCCAUUCCUGUGUCUGUGUCUGGCAGAAUGGUAAAAUGGAAGUAAUAAGCAAUGAACAAGGUAAUCGAGUAACACCCAGCUACGUUGCCUUUUCAGAAGUACGAUUGAUUGGAGAUACUGCCAAAAUGCUAGCUCCUAUCAACCCGAAGAACACCAUAUUUGAUGUGAAACGUCUCAUAGGUCGCAAAUUUGAUGAUCCUCUAGUGCAGGCUGAUAUGAAGCAUUGGCCCUUUACUGUAAUCAACGAUGCUGGGAAUCCUAAAGUGAGUGUUGAGUACCAAGGAGUGGAUAAGGUAUUUGCGCCUGAGGAAAUUAGUUCCAUGGUCCUGUCAAAAUUAAAAGAAACAGCUGAAGUCUACCUAAACAGAAAAGUCACUGAUGCUGUAAUUACUGUUCCAGCAUAUUUCAAUGACUCUCAAAGACAGGCCACAAAAGAUGCUGGAGCUAUUGCAGGGUUGAAUGUCUUGCAAAUCAUUAAUGAGCCCACUUCAGCUGCCAUUGCAUAUGGACUAGAUCAAAACUUGAAGAGCAAGCGGAACAUCCUGGUUUUUGAUUUGGGCGGCGGUACUUUUGAUGUUUCUGUCCUGACGGUCGAUGAAGGUUCUUUAUUUGAAGUGAAAUCGACUGCUGGUGACUCUCAUUUGGGUGGUGAAGACUUUGACAGCCUUCUGAUGAACUAUUUGAUCGAAGAAUUCAAGCUGAAGCACAGCAAAGAUCUUGCAUCCAACCCUCGAGCACUAAGUAGAUUGAGGGCUGCUGCAGAGCGAGCCAAAUGUACCUUGUCAUCAGCACCAACAGCCAACAUCAUGAUUGAUAGUUUAUUUGACGGUAUUGAUUUUUACACACAAGUCACAAGACCUAAGUUUGAAGACCUUUGUGCUGAUUUGUUCCAAAGAACAUUGACCACAGUCGAGCAAGCUUUAACAGAUGCUAAAAUAGAAAGAGAAGCAAUUGAUGAUGUAGUUCUUGUUGGAGGUUCCACGAGAAUUCCAAAGGUCCAAUUAUUGCUCCAGAAUUUCUUUGAUGGUAAAACCUUGAAUCACUCGAUUCACCCAGAUGAGGCUGUUGCUUAUGGUGCUGCCGUGCAAGCUGCUUCACUGAGUGGAAAUGAAGACUUAGAAAUUAAGGAUAUAGUGUUGCGCGACGUUACUCCUCUUUCCCUUGGUGUUUUCACCAAAAACGACAUAUUCAGUGUUAUCAUUCAGAGAAAUACCAGGAUUCCAUGUAAAAUAAGAAGAGAAUUUGUUACCGUAGGGGAUAACCAGGAAUCAGUGGCCAUUCAUAUCUAUGAAGGUGAGCGCACAGUAGCCACUGAGAAUCAUUUGCUGGGUAAGGUUUUACUGCAAGGUAUCAAAAGAGCACCCAAAGGUGUGACUAAGGUAGAUGUCUCGUUUGACUUGAAUGAAGAGGGAAUCCUUUCGGUUUCAGUUGAAGAAAAAGGCACUAACAAAUCUGAACAAAUUACGAUCACUAAUGAAAAGGGUCGCUUAUCCAAAGGAGACAUCAGACGAAUGAUCAAAGAGGCUAAAAGUUUUAAAGAAAAAGAUGAGAAGCAUUUAGCUCGAUCCAGAGCUAGGAAUCAACUAGAGGAUUAUACUUACAAAAUGAUGCAGGACUUUAAAGUAGCAGAAUCUCAGCUCAGCCAGGCUGAUAAGAGCAGCAUGAAAGAGGAAAGCGAUAAAAUCUGGGAUUGGCUGAAGAAAAAUCCUAAAGCUGGUCUAGGACAAUAUAAACGGAAGUUGCAAGAUAUCCAGGAGAAGUGCCAGCCGAUCAUGAAGAAAAUUCACAAAGAAGAUGCGCUACUUGAUUAAGUGAGUCCAGUGGUGUGCUUUCUCAUUCUGCCUUAUCAAAACUUGAACUUUUGAGUUUUUUGUCUUCAUGAUAAUUGAAUUUAUUUUUAAAUUUUGCACAGAGUGAGAGCCUAAUGUUGUUGGACAGUUACCAGAACUGAGAUGAUAAUUUUCAAAGCUCUAUCAAUCACAAAAUUUGCGAUCAGUUUAUUUCUCAGCCCAGAUUGUAUCAUAAUAACCCAUGUUUCAAUCGUCUCUCAAGCCUCAAGUAAUGGGUCCACUGUCUGAUCUUGAAUGGACUCAUGUUUUCCCUUUGAAAAGUUAUUUUUAAAUAUUUUAAGAAUUUUCAUUGCUAUGGCAAGUGUAAAAUUACCUUCAGUUCUAAUGUAUUCUACUGACCCCUGACAUCAUUGCUUAGUCUAUGUAGGUCGAUCAGACCUACAUAGACUAAGCAGAUGAUAAUUUUCAAUGCUUUCUCAAUGUCAAAAUUGUCAGUAGGUAAUUUAUUUUCUGCCAGUGAUUUGACUCGUCAACCCAUGUUUCUUUUGUUUCUCAAGUAAUGCAUUCGAUUUUAGAUCAUAUAAUGGGUUAUAAUUUUUGCAACAGAGUUAUUUUUAAAUGUUUAAGCCAAAUCCCUCCGCUGAACUCUUGAAUUUUCAAUGUUAUGUCAAGGGUGUAAUUAACUUUAGUUGUAAUAUAGCCUCUUGAUAUUUCCUCCUGAUAUCAUUUCAUAUUCCAUGCAAGUACAUCUGACCAAUUUGUGAAAAGGGAAUUCUAAGGUGAUUUGUCUCGGAUUCUUGUCAUCGUGGAACUGGCAUGCAAUUUAUCGCAUCAAUUAAGUAAGUAUAAACUAGUGAUAGCUUUGACUGAAGUAACAGCAUAAAAAGGAAGGUACCAUUGGUACCCUUCGCGCAUACAUCUAAAGAAUCUUUCUCCAAAACAAACAAAUUGCAGAAUUCAGAGAAAUGAAAGCACGAUUUGGCUACCAAAAAAAAGUUGCAUCCAAUACUGAGGUUGAUUACUGAAUUGACUUUUUUUCGAAGCCAAAUUCUGCUUUCAUUAUUCCGAACUAUGCAUUUUUUUCCAUUUUUGAGAAUGACUCUUUCGAUUAAUGUGCAAGGGUUAUCAUCCUUCUUUUUUUUAUUAUGAAGUCAAAAUCUGUCAAGAUUUUUGACUCAUCGAUGCAAUGUGUAUUGCCUGUCAGUCAGGUGAUGCCAAGAACUCAGAACGAAUCACCUUAAAGCUUCCUGUGAAUUGUGCAUUGAUGCUAGGUGAGGAGCUGUUAACUAGCUGUUUCUUGGCGCUUUAUGGUGUUGCCUGAACUGCAUCUCUCAGGCCUAUUCCUUGUCAAGGUGUCUUUUUGCUUACUACUAAGGAAAGAUUAGGGAAUCAAUUUUUUUACAAUGUGUGAAAUAUUCGUGCCUUCAAAACUAGGGACUCAGCCGAUAAUGCAAAUGAAAAAUUUGUAUCACUGCUGAGUACCUAACAAGCUGAAAAUGUUGAAAGUUGUUCAAAACAAAGUCUCACCAAUGGACUUGCCUUUAAGGGCUUGUUUUCUCCUUCUGUAGCGUUAGUGAAAUUAAAAUAUCUACUCUACAGUAAAAACACAUGUUAUAAAUUUUGAAAAAAACCGCCCUGACAAUUUUUCCUGCUUGCCAGGCAGUACCUAUUGAAAUAAAAACAAAACUGCAGCAACCCUAAUCACAACCAGUGGUUCCUUUUUCAGCAUUAGUCUGUUCUUGAUGUAUGCUCAAAAUUACACACUUUUUCAGAUAGGUCUUGUGUUUUGCAUGAACUAUAGUAAAAGCUCAUUAAAUAAUUGUCCCUCUAUCAUUUAAUCCCCUUCAGUAUUAUUUUUAAAAAAUGUUUUAAACGUAGUUUUAUCUCUGACUUUCAGAGCUGAAGGGCUACCCAACAGCUAUAGUUUGUACAAAAGGUUUUUCUAUUUUUUUGUUGGUGUUAAACUAAAUGAGAUCAGCGUCAAUUAUUGGAAAGAAGCUGCUCAUUGUAAUCUUUAAGGUAAAAUAAGAAAAGAAAAGGAAACAAAUUAUGCCGUCGAUUUUUGCGCUCUUGUGAGUCACACUUACUUGAAAUUUCUUUUUCAUUAACACUCAAGUGCCCAGUGUGGAAGAUGAUAUUUUCAAUCGGAGCAUUAUGGCAAAGUUUUACCCUUUUAUUUAGUUCGGCCAACUGUGGUUUCAUGGUAUAUUAUUAUUUUUUUUGUGCCACAAAUGAUGUUUUUCCGAAUUUUUCUGGUUUCUGUGUUUCUUGUUUGAAGAGAGGAUCCUUGAAGCGACUUCUCUAAUUAUGUUUUUUUGUAUGCAAUUAGCAAGCAAUCUUUGUAUAAACUAUGAAAGUACUUUCACGAUGUAUUGAUACUUAGAUAUUCAAGUAUUUCAUCGCACACAAGAAAACUGUCACUUUUGCAAAAACCACGAGACCUUAGAAGGGAAGUGUAAAAAUUUUCCACUCAUCCAAUUUUCAAUGGAGAAGUUACGGAUUGGACUUCCUUAAGUGCUAACUCAGACAGUUUACAGGGGUACAAUUAAAGGUAUUUUCUAAUUUGACCUUCCAAAGGCAGUAAACGGUCCUUAACGAGACAGGUCCUUCAUAGAGUGUCAAGUAUUUUCCCAGGUGUAAUUAAGGGUUACCUCGGAGUAAGGUUCUGUAACAUAACAGCUAAAAAUCCAAGUCUCCAAGAAUUUUUAAGUACAGAAUAUUUACCAGAAGAAAAUGCCCAUUGUUUUUCCUCAAAUAUUAAGAAAGUGAAUGGAUGUCGUGUCAUAUAGGGUGUGUUUCCCUCUCAAAUAUUUCAUCUGGGUUUUUUCAAUAAUCUUUCAGGGAAAGUCCGCACUUUUCAUAUUGAAAUUAGUUUUGGUUUAUUUUUGAAUCAGAUCAUAUUGCUUUGUUCAAUUUAUUACUGUUUGUGUACUUUACUUAAGUAAUUAAUAAAUUUUAUAUUUCUUAA